AUGCGUACGGAGGAGGAGGAGAACCCGGGUGCUGGUGGCUCUGUCCCGGCGCCAGAUGUUGGCGGGGAAGGGGCUACUUCUUCCCAGCCCAGCACGGGUCCUUCCCUGGCGGACCCGGAGGACGUUGAUACCGUCAUCAAGGAGGUCGCGAGGGACGCCGCGGCCGAGGCCGACAAGAUUGUUGCCGAGGAGUCCGCCAAGGCUGCCGCUGAAGAGGCCGCCAAGGGGUCUGCUGAGGAGACCGGCAAGGCUGCUGCUGAGGAGGCCGGCGAGGGGCCUGCCGGGGAGGCUGGCAAGGCCGCUGCUGAGGAGGGAGCGGUCGAUGAACAACCUUCCUCCUCCGCUGCUUCUGGCUCGGGCAGGCCGACAUCAAGAAGGCCCAAGAACUGGCGGAGCAGCAAGCCGCCCAGGCCGAGGCUGCUCGGCACCAGCAGCAGGCCGCGGUAA